UUCAGUAAAGUGAGUCUCCCGCUUGGCGGCUGGCGAUGGGCUUCGCCUUUUCUCCCCUCGCUUAGCCGCGCAGAGGUCCACAGUCCCCCGCGAGGGAGGGCGCUCGCUUCCUCUCUGCCUCAGCCCUGCCUGGCUUCGCUUCGCUUCCCUUCCCUUCCCUUCCCUCGCCGCGGCUUCUGCGCUGAUGAUUGGUCCUCGCUUUGGGGCUGUUCUCCGUCCGGCUCGCUGGGAGAGCUUUCCAUUCCCCACCCCCUCCGCCUGUCCAGUGGAUUUAAACGGAGGCCCAGCUGCUCCUGUCCUUCUCCAUGGCUGGGGGAGGCCAGCGGAGAGCGUCGGGCUCGCAGGUGCGCAACGCUCCGGCCGCCGAGUGCGGAAGAAAACCUCGCCGUGCACUUGCGGUAAGCGUGGAAGAGCAACCGUGCAGCUGUAGGACCUUCCUUAAAGGAUUUUUGUGGUGGAACAUACCUGCAUGGAGAAAAAAAUGGGUGAAGCUGUUGCCAGAGUAGCUAAGAAGGUGAAUGAAACGGUUGAAAAUCAAGCAGAUUCUCUUGAUUUGGCAGAUUGCAAAUUGAUGACAUUCCCCAUCGCCCUUUAUAAAGUCAUGAGGCAUGUGGCUGAAGGCAUGCAUUUCAUCACACUGGCCAAUAAUGAGCUGAAGUCUGUUACCAGCAAAUUCAUCGUCACUUUUAGCCAGCUGAGAGAACUUAAUCUGGAAGGGAAUUAUAUUCAUCACCUGCCAGAAGAGGUCCGAACCCUGUUACAUCUGAAAAUGAUCAAUCUUUCCAGGAACAAAUUUCACAGUUUUCCUGACCAGCUCACUUCUUUGCAGGCUCUUGAAAUAAUCAACCUUGAAGAGAAUGAGAUUACAGAUGUACCUAUUGAGAAGCUUGCCUCAAUGGAGUCUCUCCAGAGUGUGAACUUAAAAUCAAAUCCAUUAAAUGAGGAAGUUCGGGUGAUUGCCAAGCCACUGAUCAAAUUUGACCUUCUGACAUCUCCAGCUGUUCCCCAAGUCUGAAACAAUGUCUGACCUGGAUUUGUAGCCAUAGGAGGUUGUAGUGAAAGAGGGAAAGAAAAUGCCAUGUUUGCUGAGCUAGAACUCUCCCAAGCUGCACUGUUCUGCAUGUGUUAGGUUUAUGAGCUUCCAGAGUUGCAAAAAGUGUGAUUUUUUGCAAAAUGAUGCUGGCUGCAGCCAGAAAUAUUAUCUGCUAAACUGUGAAUCCAUAGAAAAUACGUGUCUAGGGAGGGCGCUUUUCAUCGAAUGGUGAAAAAGAGUGUUGGGAGGACGCUGGCCUUUCUAGUCCAUAACCAUAGAGAAAGAGGAAGGGCAAAAGUGACUAACUAUGUGCCUGGGAGAUGAUGAGAUGGUGUGAAUGAGCAUGUUCUAUAGCUGACAAAAGAGGAAAUCAAUCUGUGGUUGAAAUGUUGCCUGCAAGUUCAUGAAGAAAAAGGAGAGCAGCUUCCAAGUUCGGUGAAUUUAGAUUCCGUUCUUUCAAGUUCCAUCUUUUCCAUUUAUAUUUAAGGAAAACCAAUAAGUUCUUGUUUCCUUGCUUACGGUGCUUACAGAGGGCAAGGAAAUCAAGUCAAGGACAAAAUACACAUCCAGGUCCAGAUCCAGGCACACUCUAAAGGAUAGUGUAGUCUCAAGAGUAUAACAUAUAACCCAUUAGCUAAGAGAUUCUGUAAAGUUAUGGGUAUAAAUCUAAUUCUAAUACAAACUAUCAUCAAGUACCUGGAAGUAAAUUCUUCUGAUAAUUUUUGUGCUGUAUGAACCAAUAUUUGACUUUAUUCCAGUGAUUUGAUUUACAGUAGUUUGUGCUUCCAGCAGCAUGUGACAUGAGAAUGGUGUAUUUGUGGGUUUUGUACCCUUUAUUUAUAAAGCAUCUUUAGCUGUGCCUUUCUUGAGCUGAAAUGCCCUGCUGUUUCUUAGCCUCAUCCUGAAGAAAGAAGCCCAGGAUGACUUUUGUUGUCCACAAUUACUGAGUUUUCCAUCUUAUUUGCUGUUACAGUACAACUUGAAUUGACAACUUGUUGUAGAGCCAUUUUUGCAGAAGCAUCUUUAAAAACACAAUCCCGUAAGGUACACUAGCCAAACACCACUUUCAAAGUACGUUUAGAGGAAAUGUCUAAACAAUAAAGAUGCCUGGGAAUUGCAA